UUUUUUUUUUUUUUUUUUUUUUUUACAUUUGUAAUAGAGAUGGGUUCUCACCACGUUGGCCAGGCUGGUCUCGAACUCGUGGCCUCAGGUGAUCCGCCUGCCUCGGCAUCCCAAAGUGCUGGUAUUACAGGCAUGAGCCUCCGCACCUGGCCUGCAUUCAAUCUGUGACAUGUUUUGGAUGGCAUAUCUGAAGAAAAUCUGACUUCACACCAAUAUGUAAUAGUCUUUUCAGAUAAUUGUGAAUAUUCAUUGAUAUUACACCAAGACUCAAAAAGAGGUAGCUUCUUAAAGAUUAGUUGCAAUGAUUAAUCAAAACAUUUCAAUAAACUUUUCAUAUUUUGUAGCAUUAAAAUCUACUGGUCUCUCUUGUGCUUUGAAUGGAUCAAUGUGCAUAGAACAUCUUGUGUUGGACAUUUGGAAAAUAUUGGUUCACUGAGUUAUGUAGAUCUACCAAAUGUUGACACAUUUUGUUAUAAAAUAUAAAAAAAUAUUAAUAUCAACACUGAUGUUAUCUGAAAGGUCUUUAAGGACUGUAUUGGGAAGCUGUCAAAUUCACAGUGUAAGAUACAUGUUUUCCAAAAUUUUAAUUCUUGUUUGAAAGCUUGAAUUUUAUUGUUGGCAACAAACACUGUCAGUUUUUCCUUGAAGUAUCAGUCUUACUUUUCAUUUCCAAUGAAGAGUCUGCCAAAUACCGAUACUUGAAUGACCAUAGUCAGUUAUCCUUUCAAUUAAAAGUGAUGUUCAAGGAAAAAUUGGCUAGUUCGGCUCUUAACUCAGUCACACAUGUCCUUUUCCUUGAGACAGCCACCGUACUUUGGUGAUAGCAGAAGUGCUUUAUGCAUGUAUUUCAUUACAUGUGUUAUUAAAAAGAUAUUUACUCAAGGGUCAGUCUUCAAUGAAAAUAAUUUUUACUGCUUCAUCAAAGACAUUCUUAAGUGAAACUGGCAGGGCUUUUCUCCUUGGUUUUGUUUUUGUGUUUGUGUGUUAGUUUUCUAAAUAUGUGCAGCAGUGAAGAAUGAAAUCAUUACCAGUAUGGUUUAUUGCUGUUGCUGUGAUUCAAGCUAAGGUCCCAAUAGUUUUACCCGUCAUUGCUUUUGUAUCAUCAUUAUAGAUGUCAACCGAGUAAUAAGGGCAAAUGAUAGCUUAGUAUUAUUAUAAAAACAGUUUUGAUCUUGGAUCCCUGAAAGGGUCUCAGAGACACAUAGGGGUCCACGCACCACACUUUGAGAACCACUACUCUAACGUGUCUACAUAGUAAUGGAAAUGCCACAUCUUGGUGCAUGUGCGUCUUCAGCUUUACUAGGUAAUGCUAUAAUGUAGCACUUUGAAUAUUUUCACCAAAGACCCCAAAAGGCAAAGAAUCCUGAAGAUGGGGAACCCUAAAGUCACAAUGGUUCUCACAGCUUCUGUGAGAUUUCCUUGAUGUAUCUUUGAAUUAUCUUACAAUGUGCAUUAUAAUGUAUAUCUGUUGGUUUAGACUAAAAGUAAUGUUUUCAAUAACUCAUCAGUCAAAUUACCUUUGUUUCUUGUAAACAUAUAUGUAUCAGUUUUGGUCUGUGAAAAUGCUCCAUAUUUAUCCUGGUACCUGUUGUGAUUUCCUGGAACCCCUGUUGGAGGAGAACUCCAGUGAGUGCCUCGGUCCAGCAUGAUUUAUCUUGGAGACUGCAUGGUAGCAAAGAAGAGAUGACUAAGAUUUCCAGUCUUGGGGAACUAGGAGUAUUUCUGGUCUUCGUGUCUUCUUUUUCUGGGUUGCUGUCCUCAUCGUCCAUGAACCCACUCAUCUGAGACAGAAACCUGAGUGUAAUCCAAAUGCCACCCCCUUCCUUUUCCUCCCCUCAUUGAAUUUCUUCCCCACCCAGUUUUGUUGGUUCUGCUUCCCAAAUAUCUCUAGAAUAAAUCAUGCCCACCCCCUGCCACUGCUUUGGUUUACACUCAUAUUUUUUCUCAAAGAGAAUUGAAAUUGUUGCCAGCUGACCUCUUUUUUUUUUUUUUUUUUUGCCUGAGUCUCACCUCUCCUCUCCCCAACCCCUGCCUCUGUAAUCCAGUCUCCACACUGCCACCCAGACUUUCUAAAACACUCAUGUAAUCCAGAUAAUCCUAUUUAAGAUCUUUUAGGCAUUUUCUAAAAGGAUAAAGUCUGGACUUCUAGACUUUGCCAAGAAGCAAAUCUAGAAGAUGCUUCAUCAUCUAAGCCCCUUUCCUCUGCCAUGUUGUAUACUCCUUGUUUCAUUCGUACUGAACUAUCUGUUCUGCAAAUCAUACUUAUACCUCCUUUUCUUGGCUUAUUCUUUUCUCUGUUUCUGAAAUAUCUUCAACUCAUUUAUGUGCCUGAUAACCUCCUACUUAGCCUGCAACACUCAGUUCUCUGAGAAGCCUUUCCUGCUUCCCCUCCUCCAUUGUCCCACAUGCUGGGUAGAAUUAGGCAUCUUCUCCCCUGGUUCCCAUAGCUCUAUCAUAAUAACUUUGUGUGCAUAGUAUACUUGCUUACUAGUCAAUGUUCUUAUUGACUGUGAGCUUUUAAAGGGCAUGAACUUUCUUACUCAUUUUUGUACAUUCUUGCACAUAACAGUAACUGAUUAUAGUAGGUGGUCAAUAAAUAGUGCUGAAUAAAUGAAUGAAGGGAGAAGUAAAGAGCUGGUCACAGAAUCCAAGAAAUAGGAGAUGUUCUAUUAAUAUUGUUGAAUGAAGAAAUGAAAGAAGUUAAGAAGGGGGGAAUCCCAUAGGUGUUUCAUAAACACUGCUGAAUGAAUAAACAAAGAAGUUAAGACUGGGUCACAGAAUCAAAGGGUUUUAGAGGUGGAAAGGACUUUAGAGACCAUCUCCUGCUGUCUUCCUCUUUCAAAAAUGAGAAAACGAUUUGCCUAAAUUGUCCCGGGCUGGGUAUAGGAGGCGAUGAACAGUACCCUGGACAUUCGCGUGAAUGUAGCCUGGAGAUGACUGGAGGGAGUCACAUGCUUCUCCUCCCUUCCCGAGGAGACUUGCCCAGAAGAGCAGAAGAGCAGAGGCCAUGGCCUAUGCUGCAGGGGAUACCACCGUCUAAGUGCAAGAGAGAACUUUUGUGGUUGGAAGUCUGUGGCACAUUCCAGACUGUGGAGUCUCCCCUCAGCUAUUGGCUGUUGCUCUCUUUCUGUCCUCAAACUGUGCCAAGACCGUCAGAUUUUCCUGAUGACUGGGCAUAUUCUGCAUCUGGAUUCCAUGGUCAUAACAACCAGAAGUUUCCUGUCUUCUUUGGUUGGGGUGAUUAUGAUAUAGAGCUGGGUAACAAUAUCAACAGUUCUGAGGUACGCCGUCCUCUUUAAAACAUAAUGUUUUCUCAUUUGAGAUUUUUAGGUGCCUGGGAAAAAGGGAAAGCUAUUAUUCACUAAGCGUCAACUCUGUGCCAGGUGCUUUACUUAUAUAAUGCUAAUUUACCUUUACAUAACCCUGUACAAUUGCAGAUAUUAGUAUCUUAUACUCUAAACAGGAGAAGGUGCAUGUAGACUUCAGGUGGGCCUAGCGUAUAGCAGGAUAAGAUUCGAGUGGGAGUGUCUGGUUCCAAAGCUUGUGCCCUUUCUAUUUUGCCAUGCUGUUUCAUGCUGAAUAAAUAGAUUUUCUGCUAUACAAAACUUAUUGUGGCCCUAUUUCACCAAUAUUAGUGAAUUGUUGGAGUUGAUUAUAUUUUAUUUACUUAAAAGGAGGAGAAUCUACAGGUUUCUGGUUUAAUGUUAUCCAUGCUUUGCAGUUUACAUGUACUUGGCCAUCUUGGCAGGACCACCAUGUAUGGGAGAGACAGCAGUAUUAAUACCCUACUUUAUGGAUGAUGGAUUUCAGUAAUGGGGGACAGAGCAUUCUUCAUAUUUCUGGUUCAUCACUGUAUUCCUCAUACCAUGUCUAAGAGCUUGUUUAUAGUAGGGUUUUCAAUUUUUGUUAAAUAAACAUCAGAAGUUAUAUAGCUGGUAAAUUCCAAAUUCAAAGUGGAACCAGGUCUCUGAGUCUCAGCUCAGUGGUCCUUCCUUUGCUAAAGCAUUCUGCUUUUCCCAGUGCUCUAAGCAGAGAGAUGCAGGAAUGAGCUCUCCCUUCAUGAGUAUGUGUGGGACUUGGGAACUCUCUUGAUUUGGCUAUCCAGUGAAUUUCCACAAAUCUGAACAAGUACGGGUGGUCCCUUAGAAUAAGAUCUUUCUUGUUUUUGCCUCUCCUCUUUUAAAUACUCAAUAUAGGAUUUGUUUUUAUUUUAAUUUUGGAGACAGGAUCUUAACUCUUGUCGUCCAGGCUGGAGUGCAGUUGUGUGAUCACCAGCUGCAGCCUCCACUUACUGGUCUCAAGUGAUCCUCCCACCUUAGCCUCCCAAGUAGCUGGUACUAGAGGCACAUGCCACCAGUCCUGGGUAAUUUUUAAACUUUUUGUAGAGAUGGGACUCUUGCUAUGUUGCCCAGGCUGGUCUCAAACUCCUGGCCUCAAGUGAUACCCCACCUCAGCCUCCCAAAGUGCUGGGAUUAUAGGUGUGAGACACUGUGCCUGGCUCAAUAUAGGAUUUUAAAUCAUUUCUAUUUACCUGACACUUAGUCCCCAGUCAGAUGAUUGGAUAAUGACUGAUGACCCAAAAUGGAUUCAUAGAGGAUUUGCACCAGGAGGAUCCCUGAGGUCAUCUAAAACAGUGGCUUUCAAAACAAAACAAAAUAGGUGGAACCCUUCCUUGUCUUUAUGGAGAGCUCCACUAUGUAGAAAAGAUCAAAGACAAAGCAGGGCUGUGCAGGCUGGGUGUGUGCUGGGGUGAGAGCUGGGGGUGGGUCCAUAGAGCCCAACCUUGCCUGAGAGCCGCAGCCUUCCUCUAUGUGUGGUUUGGAAACCACUGAUCCAUCCUAACCCCUUAUUUUAUAGAUGAAGAAACUGAGGCACAAAGGUGCUCAAUGACUUACACAAGUGGCUGGAUUAAAAAGAUGAUGAUGAAACUUGUUGCCAUAUAUCGGAAUUUUUUUUUUUUUUUUUUUUUUUUUUGAGACUGGGUCUUACUUUUUUUGCCCAGGCUGGAGUGCAGUGGUGCAAUCUUAGCUCAUCACUGUUUUAGAGCACCAUUCCGCUUUUUUUUUUUUAUAUAUAAAGAAAAAGUACCUGUUCUGGAGAGCAGAAGUCUGCAAACUGUAGCCUGUUUUUUUUUUUGUUUUUUUUUUUUUGGUGUUUUUUUUUUUGCCUUGAGCUAAGAAUAGUUUUUAUGUUUUUAAAGGGUUGUUUAAAACAACAACAUCAACAAAAUAUAAGGACAGAGACCAUAUGUGUCCCGCGAAGCAUAAAGUCAGAUUUACCACUGCUGAUAUUAAUGUGGAAAUUUUUCUUAAAAAUUAGGUUUUCUGUAAGUAACUUCAAAACAAAGAUUUAAAACAAAGCCUGAUUAGUUGAGCAAAUUUAUUAGAUUGGUGCAAAAGCAAUUGAUGUUUUUACUAUUAAAAGUAAUGGCAAAACCGUAAUUACUUUCUGCCCCAACCUAAUAUAUCAAAAGCUUUUCAAACUUGUGUUUUUCAAAUAACUUCUUUAAAUUGCCCAAUAUAUUUUCACUCUCCUUUUAAAAUACCAGUUUUGGGUGGAGGAUAAGCUGGUUAAUGAAAUUCUUAUAAUAUGUGGGAAUGUUGCAGCUACAGAACUGCAGACAGUUCUUAGGUGAAAAAGAAGUGGUGUUUUUAUUCAAAUACAAAAUUAGGGCACUUAACAGUCACCCAAAAGGUCAAGAACCAGAGGAACUGAUGUAGGAAUAAUAUAAGUGGUCACUCCCAGGAAAUGGCAUAUGAAUGUUGUUUUUUCUUUUCUUUUUUUUUCUUUUUUGGACCAGCUAGCUUGGAGUUGAGCCUUAUCCAAAGUAGCAGUAGAGCAUGUUUCCAAACUUCAAUCUUACCACUUGAUGCAUUUUCCAAAGUGCUAUGAUUUGAGUGUGUUCCCCAAAGUUCAUGGGUUUGAAACAAUUGCCAGUGCAACAGUGUUGAGAGAUGGGGCCUUUAAGAGGUAAUCAAGAGGGACCUUAAGAAGCUCUGGCUUCAUAGCUGGGUUAAUAUUAUUAUCAUGGGAGUGGGUUUGUUACAAAAACCAGUUUGGCGCUCUCUUGCUCUCUCUGUCUCCAAGUGAUACCUUCAACUAUGUUAUGAUGCAGCAAGAAGGCCCUCACAAGAUGCAGCCCCUUGAUCUUGGACUUCCCAGCCUCCAGAACUGUGAGCCCAAUACAUUUCAGUUCUUUACAAAUUACCUGGUCGUGCGUGUUUUGUUAUAGCAACAUAAAAUGGACUGAGACAGAAAAUCAGUACUAAGAAGUGGGGCUCUUGCUGUAACAAAUACUUGAAAAUGUGGAAGUGGUUCUGGAACUGGGUAAUGGAUAGAUGCUAGAAGAAUUUGGAGGAGCAGGUUAGAAAAAGCCUAGACUGUUAUAAACAGAGCAUUAAGGGCAAUUCUGGUGAAGGCUCAGAAGAAGAGAGCUAGUGGUAAACUAAGAAACUUCUUAGAGAUUAAUUAAGGGGCUGUGAUUGGGAAUGUUGGUAGAAAUGUGGACAGUAAAGGCCAUUCUGAUGAGAUCUCAGAUAGAAAAGAGGAAUUAUUGGAAACUGGAGUAAAGGCCAUCCUUGUUAUGAUGUGGCAAAGAACUUGGCCGAAUUGUGUCCAUACCCUCGGGCUUUUAGGAAGGCAGAAUUUAAGAGCCAUCAACUAGGGUAUCUCUUGAGAGAAAUUUCUAAGCAAAAUGUUGAAGGAGCUACAUGGCUUCUAUUAACUUCAUAUAGUAAAAUGAGAAAAGAGAGAAAUGAUUUAAAGAUGGAAUUUAUAAUUAAAAGGGAAACAGAAAUGAGGAAUUUGAAGGAUUCUCAGCCUGGCCAUGGAGCAGAGAAUGAAAGAACAUUUUCAGGAGAGGAAACCAUAGAUGUGGCCAAGGAACUGAUUGAUUGAUAAGGGGAUUAACAUGGAUAGAAGGAAACCAAAGGACGAUGAGAGAAUGACCCCAAAGGUACUUUGGAAAUCACCAGUGCUCCCCUUCCAUCACAGGCCCAGAGUGCCAAGGCCUGGGGAAAGGAAAUGUCAAAAGAGAGUCCUCGGGUGCCCUUGAGACACUGGGCUUGCUGCCUAGGGCUGCUGUAAGUCUUUGCUCCCCACAUUCCCGUACGGAUCAUGCCCCCAGUUCACCCCAGGUGUCACAGCUUUGGAAGGUGUAAGCAGCAAAUCUUGGCUAUGUUCAUGUGGUAGAAGUGUGCAGGUGCUCAAAAUUCAAGAGCUGUGGGCAUAUGGCUUCCUUCAUCUAGAUUUCACGACCGCCUGGGGGCCCAGGCAGAGACUUUCUGAGGGGCAGAGCUGAUGCAGGGAGCCCCCAACUAGGGCAAUGCCUAGUGGAGCUGUAGAAGUAGGGGAGCAUGCAGCUCCGGGCUGGGAAAGCUGCAGGCACAAGACCAACCCUUGGAUGAACUGAACCCAGCAAAGCCAUUGGGGUGGGGUUACCUGAGGCCUUGACGGCCCAACCCCCACCCCAGUGUACAGGGGAUUGGGGACAUGGAGUCAAAGGAGAUUAUUCUGGCAUCUUAAGAUGUAAUAUUGUUUUCCCUGUUGGGUUUUGGACUUACUCAGGACCAGUUAUCCCAUUCUCUUGCCUAUGUCUCCCUUUGGAAUGAGAAUGCCUAUUCUAUGCCUGUCCCACCAUUGUAUUUUGGAAGUGGAUAACUUGUUUAAUUUUACAGGCUUACAGCUGGAGGGAAAUUUGUCUCAGGAUGAAUUGUACCUUGAGUCUCACCCAUAUCUAAUUUAGAUUAGACUCUGGACAUUUCGAUUUUUGAGUUGAUGAUGAAAGAAGUUAAGACUUUUGGGGCUAUUGUGAUGGAAUGAAUAUAUUUCGCAUGUGAAAAGGACAUGAAUUUUUGGAGCCAAGGGUGGAAUGCUGUGGUUUGAAUGUGUCCCCCAGAAUUCAUAUGUUGGAAACUCAAUCCUCAAUGCAACAGUAUUGAGAGGUGGAACCUUUAAGAGGUGAUUAGGUCAGGAGAGCUCUGCCCUAUGAAUAGAUUAGUAUCCUUAUCUCGGGAGUGUGUUGGUUAUUGGGAGAGUGAUUUUUUUUUUUUUUUGAGAUGGAGUUCCGCUCUUGUUGCCUGGGCUGGAGUGCAAUGGCGCCAUCUCAGCUCAUGGCAACCUCUGCCUCCCAGGUUCAAGCGAUUCUCCUGCCUCAGCCUCCCGAGUAGCUGGAAUUACAGGCAUGUGCCAUCAUGCCCGACUAAUUUUGCAUUUUUAGUAGAGACGGGAUUUCUCCAUGUUGGUCAGGCUGGUCUUGAACGCCCAACCUCAGGUGAUCCACCCGCCUCAGCCUCCCAAAGGGCUGAGAUUACAGGCGUGAGCCACCACACCCGGCCAAGAGAAUAAGUUUUUAUAAAAGUGAAUUUGGCCAUCUCUUGCUCUUGCUCUCUCUCAGCACAGGAUGCCUUCUGUUGUCACGAUGCAGCAAGAAGACCCGCACUGCGUGUGGCCCCAAGGGCUGCAGAACCAUGAGGUAGUAGAUUUCUGUUCCUUAUAAAUUACCCAGUCUUAAGUAUUCUGUUUUAGCAACACGAAAUCAGCUAAGAAGCAUCCGAGUUUUAUUGGGGAUGGAAUGAAUGGCUCCUCUGGAGCAUCCCUGCUGGUGACAAAGCCCUAGAAAACAGUGCUGGAUUUCUUUUAGGUGAAAAAUCUAGAAAAGCCCUCUUAGUGAAAACCCCAAGGGCAUGCCUGAGGAAUGCCUGAGAAGAAAGGAAGGUACCUUCAGGAUUCUUCAAAGAGAAUUAAAUGGAUAAAACCAUUGGACUUGAGUUGUUAAGGGAAUGUUAAUUUAGCUGUGGGGUAUCCUGGCCCUUGGAAUUACCUUAGCUUGUUGGUUGAUUGCAGUUUUUGUUAAUUUUUGUUGUUUUUUUGCCCUCUAUUGUUGACUUCUGUGUGUACCAGAAGGUGGGCAGGGAAAAUAAAAGGAGACAAGGAAUAAGAAUACAUUUGACCACUUGAUAGCAGCCCUGGCACAAAGCCUAGUAGGAGUAAAGGUUAAAACUGUUGGCCUAAAUCAGUGUUUAAAGUUAACUUUGAGUUAGGGCUGUCCUUGAAAUGGAUUGUCCUUUGCUCUCAUGGAUUCUUGUGCAUAACUGAUAAAAAAUAUUCUCAUACAAUAAAUUGCACCAAUAUCAUUUUGUGAAUGUGUUGGUGGGUUGCAGGGGGCGCGUUAGGGGAAGCUGCCUCCUUGCAGCUUUUGUUUUAUAUGUAUUUAAGCACUAAAUAAAAAUCUAUUUUGUCUCUUUUCCCUUGCUAAGUCUCUUGUCUCCCACGGCCCUUUUCUUUCUGGAUAUAUGUAUAUUUUUAGUAAAUAAAGGACUUACUGUAUGAAGUUUUUCUUUGGCAGACAGAAUGAUGAUGACUAUAAUAUGUUUAUUACAAGGUACAUCAUGCCAAUGCUCUUGGGGUGUGUGUGUGUGUGUGUGUGUGUGUGUGUGUCUACAAAGAAAUGUAUCAUUUUAUGUAUAAGCUAAGAUUUUGAUAAGUAGUCAUUUAUCUAUCCAUAGAAUGCUAUUUCUUAGACUGUAGAAUGCAUUGUUAUAUGGUUAGGGCUGUUGGGGGUGUUCAUUUUUGGUUAGGUUCUUUGACCUAGUAAAGACUUCCUGGUGAUUUCAGUAGUUUGGUAAUUUAUUACUGAUCUUCUAAGAAGUAUUGGUAAUGUUAAAAUGAAAACAUUUAUACAAAAAGAGAUAAAAGUCAAGGAAGCAGAUAAUCAACCGAUUUAUCAGCCUUAGCAGACAAUUUUUCUGAUAACGAUGUGGUAGCCAUGGUAAAUUUACUUCUGAUUGCUUGAGGGGACAGAUUCUAUGUGCCUUUUGUAAUAAGAGGUACAUGAAAGGGUAAGGGAGCAAGUAAUCAAUCCGUGGACUAACCAGUCCCAUUUUGGUCUUUAGAUUGGCCUUUUGGUGAGUAAAUUCAAGCUGUCUUUUCAACAAAAGAAAAAUUUUGUUAUUAAUUUGCUGAAACAUGAGUAAGGAUGUAAGGAUGAGUAUAUCUUUUUUGUUUGGAUAUCUCUAAGUAGCCCUAGUAAGGGAAGGCCUCUUUUGGUAAUGUCUUUUUAUUUUUUUGAGACAGGGUCUCACUGUGUUGCCCAGGCUGGAAUGCAGUGGUGCAGUCAUGACUCACUGCAACCUCUGCUUCCUGGACUCAAGUUAUCCUUCUGCUUCAGCCUCCCGAGUAGCUGGGACCACAGGCAUGCACCACCACACCUGGCUAAUUUUUAUAUUUUUGGUAGAGAUGCGGUUUCACCAUAUUACCCAGGCUGGUCUUGAACUCCUGAGCUCAAGUGAUCCGCCAGCCUUGACCUUCAAAAGUGCCGGGAUUAUAGGUGUGAGCCACCAUGCUUGGCCUAUUUUUUUAAACCUUUCAUUUGAAAGAAAUUUGAGUAAAAUUGAGAGAUGAGCAAAAAUUUAUUAGUCCACUCAUAGUCCUUCCAGCCUCACAGGACUUAACACUGAUCAGCAAUGUGGUCGGUUUUAUGUAAUAAUAUCCAGCUUAUUACAAAAACUACAUUACAAACUGAGGCUAUAGUUGAGAAUCCAGAGGUGAACAAAUUCAGGAAAAAUGCCUCAGGCCUUCAUCCAAAUAUACUUAUAUUAGUUUUCUUGGGUUGCUGUAACAAAGUAUCACAAACCAGUGCUUAAACAACAGAAAUUUAUUGUCUCACAAUUCUGGAGGCUAAAAGUCUGAGCUCAAGGUGUCCACAAGGCCACUCUCCCUCUGAAGGCGGUAGGGAAGGGUCUGUUCCAGACCUCUCGCCCAGCUUCUGGUAGUUUCUAGGCUUAUGAUAGCAUAACUCAUCUCAUGGUAUUCUUCCUGUGUGCAUGUGUGUCUCUGCAUCCAAAUUUCCCCCUUUUAUAAGGACACCAGUCAUACUGGAUUUCAGUCCACCCCAAUGACCUCAUCUUCACUUGAUUAUCUGCAGAAGCCUAUUUCCAAAUAAGGUCACAGUCACAUGUACUGGGGGUUAGAACUUCAAUAUCUUUUGAGAGAACACAAUUCAACCCAUGAUACUAGGUAUUCAUUCCAAGUUUGCACACAGUUUUAAUAAGCCUGGUGAUUUUUAUCUCAGUUUAUGCAUACAAAGAGUUAUAAGUAUAGGAGAAAGGGUCUCUGCUGAGGAUAUAGUGGAGAACAAAAGUAUUCAAAAAGACUAUUAAAGUAGGAAUAAGAACUUAAAAUACAUAGUUGCUUUGGGCCAUUCAAUGGAGGGACAAACUGCUGAAAAGUUCCAGUAGCUCCUGAAACACAUUUUGUAUAACAAACAUAAUAACAGCAUCAACAUAUUAUGUUUGAGUGUGUGUGCACUUUUAAAUCCCAUCAAAUUAAAUUUUGAAAAUAUUGCGUACUUGAUGGCACUUUGAUAAUUUUUGGUUACCUGAAAAAUUAUUCUUUUGUCAAGCUCCUCACAUAUUGUCAGAUGUUCUGAAUAUUUGGGUUUCAACUUGGCUUUGUCACUCAGUAAGCAUGCAUGUUGUGUAAGCCAUUAACUUUUUGGAACUUGGGUUUUUUGGUCUGUAAAAUGAAGAGUUUGGUUUCGUAUAUAAAAUUAUUGUGAGGAUGAAAUUUGCUGAUGAAUAUGAAAACAUCUAUCAUAGCUCCAGAUGUGUUUUCAUGAUUGUUCAUUCAUUCAACAAAUGUUUAUUGGGAGCCUACUGUAUGCAGUGGCUUGUUCUAGAAUUCAUUCAUUCACUUAAUGCUGAUUGAAAAGUACCAUGAUUUAGUAGUAUUGGGACAUCUGAGGUCAAGCACUGCCUAUGUUUGGAAAUCAUCUAGGGGACCUUGAGCAAAUCUAUGGCCCUCUCUAGGCCUCUAACUAGAGACUAGCCAUAUAGAGUAGAUUUCCAAGGCUUUUCCAUCUGUAAAAUAAUUCAUAUAACAAACUUCAAGUAUAAUGAAUAGUUUUUGAUAUCGUACAGAUUAAUUGUAUUAUACUGGCAAGUUACUUUAUCCUCUGUGCCUUUGCUUUUGUCUUUGAAAGUGGGGUUAAUAGGUCUAGUACUGUUUUUUGGUUAGUAAUAGCAGUAAUAAUGAUAGUCACCCAUUAUUGAGCUCUUGGCAUUGUGCUAGAUAUUUUUAUACAUUCGUGCUUCUACAAACACGGUACAUGUUUCUCCAAACAUGUCGGUACCUGGAGAAACAGGUUGCAUCUUUCUAGAGAAUAAAGUUUCCUUGAUGGCACAGCUGUUUAUAGAGUGGAAUGCAGAAGUCACUUGAAAUGUUAAGCUAAAACUCAAAGAAAGUUGGGGCUUCUUAGAGGGGGCGGCGACUUUAAUACCAAGUUCCCCUGCAGUGUUGUUCUUUCUUGGCCUUUGGGGAAACUGGUGGAAAAGUUUGCAGAACAGGCUUUUUCCCUGUUCCGUGUUUGACUCACAUGAGAAAAAUAGCAUUCUAAUUUACAAUUUUGAAAAUAGUUCUUAUUUCCAUCACUGACAGAUGUUACCUUUAUGAUUGUUCAGCCUAUUCUUCCAUUUCAUUUAUGCAUUGGACAAAUAAUAAUUGACUGCCUGCUCUGUGUUCAGUACCAUCCUAAAUGCCGAGGAUGCAGCAGCAACCAAAAUAAAGUCCUCCCUCGGAGCUUGUAUUCUAAAAAACAGUGAGGUUUGAGGGCAGACCUGAGGAAUUAGGGGAAUUAAGCAUGUGGCUGUUUCAGGCAAAGGAAGAGCAAUUGCAAAGGCCCUGAGGCAGGAGCUUAUUUUCCUAGUAAGGGAGAGUGUUAGGAGAGGAGGUCACAAGGAGAUGAUUAGGGAUGCCUUGAGGUUCAGGUAAGAGUUUUGUAUUUUAUUCUGAGAAACAUGGGAAACCAUUGUGGAAGUUUGAGAACUUACUUUGGCUGCUGGUUGAGAAUAAUGGAGCAAGGUUGGGAAGUGAGGAGACCAGUUGGAAGGCUACUGCCAUAGUACAGUUGGGGGAUGGCAGCACUGGGUACCAGGUUAGUAGUAGUGGUGGAAAUGGUGCAAAGUGGCCAGAUUUGGUACCUCUGUUGAAGGUAGAGUGAACGGAAUCCGAGAAUGAAUUGGAUGUGGGGUCUGAGAGAAAGAGAAGAGUCAAGGGAGGUGGCAUGGUUUUGGGUCUAAGUAAUUGAAAGGAUGGAGGAGUUGCCAUUCCUGCUGAGACGGGCAGGUAGAGGGGAGGAACACGGGCAGUUCCUCGGCCAUGGAAGGUCCGGCUAAGCACUUUAUAUGAAGAAUACUGAAACUGACUUAGCUACUGUUUGGAACUCACUCUGCAGAGGAGCGAUGCGUUCAUUUGUGUUACCUUUAUUUUACUCACCGUCAUUUAGAAUAAUGAUUUGAAAAUGUUGCUGUGUGCCAAAUGCUCGUCUUGACCCAGGAGCCCCUCCCUCCCCCCGUGUGUGGACUACUCUCGUCUCCAGACUUCCUCUCACUUCCUCAUGCCUUUGCAGCACCUUUUCCCUAGCUGGACUGGUGACAGGAAUCUGGUUGUCUUCUGCACCCUGGCAGUUUUAAAUAACUAGCAGUUCUUACAUUUUCUUCCUGGGCACGCUGACAGGGGUUGGGUGUCCUGGACAUCCGUGUUUCGAUAACUGUAAUCUCCGAGUCUCUGUCCUGUGAAGCCGAUUGCCGGCCGUGCAUUUACCUCAGACUGUGGACUUGGAGCCUUGAAGACGCGAGAGGUCUCUUAGUUUCAGGCAGACCUGGUGUGGGGGAUGUGCUAAGGCUUUCAGGCUACAAAGGGACAAUUUAAAACUUGGCAAGUAAAACCGGCCUAAAUGCGGAUGUGUUUUAUGCUUAGCAUCAUAAAAUUGAUUCAGAACAGCCUGAUAUGCGGCAGAAGAAACCUUUAUUAAACAUUAUAGAGGUCAUUGCUUUUGUCUUCCUGAUACCUCUUCCCUCUCCUUUCUUCUGUGACCCACAUUGAGCCCAUUGUAGAACCCGCCCCCUGGCUUCAGUGAUAGGCCCAUGGAGGGGAACAUGACCUCCAACAGGCCAAUCAGAGGCGUAAAGACCUUUCUCUAGUGGGAAGUCAUUGAGAGUGAAAACCCAGAACCGGUUGCAGCCAGGUUUUCAGCCUCCUGGGAAAAGUGGCCUGAGAGGAAGACUAGAGGCGAAUGAGAGAGAGCCCUGAUGGUGCUUUCGACAUCCUAUCUGUUGCUGGCUCCAUUGUGCCCCUUUUAUUGUUUGGUACAGGAACUGAGAAAAUUCCCUUAUUGCUUCGUGCGGUCCUGCUGGUUUUCUGUCAUUUACAACCACAGGAGCCCAGAUACCCCUACUAUGAGCAGGGAAUCAAGAAGGAACACAAAAAUGACUAACUCAUAGCCUUGCCUCCAGGUAUUUAUAAUGUAAUAGUUUGAUUUCAAAACUAGUGAGUAUGGUAAAAAUAGUUGGUAAGGUCUACCUUUGACAAAUCAAUAGAUAGUAUAUUUUUAAAAUGUGAAGAUAGUGUAUUUUAUAAAAAUAUACAAUUUUUUCAUUGGGUUAAUUUAUCCAACAUAUAUCACUUGAAUAUUAGCUUUCUCCAUGACUGGCAUAUUUCCUUUUUGAUAAUUUGCUGAGGAGCAAGGCUGCUUGUUAAUGAAUUUUUGUCUACUAUUAAAAUCGCCCUCAUCCUUUGAGGUCCAUUUCCAAAGCCACCUGCACCUCUGGAGUUCAUUAUUCCCUCUUUUGUGCUUACACAACCCUUGCUGUUUCUGUAUGGUGGCACCAGUCAUUAUGCUUUGAAUGCUUGUGAAACCCUCACUCUUCUGUUGAUUAGAAACUUUUAUGCCAGAGACUUGUUGUGUCUCUGAGUUUCCCUUUGCAGGGAACAGUUCCCUGAACAUAGUAGGUGAUCAGUAAAUGCUUGUUGAAUUAAGUCAAUUAGUAGCACUGGUUUUGCUAAUAACUUUUGUAGUAAACUUACAAACUACUUUUAUGUAAAACUGCAUGUAAAAGUUGGUUGUAUGAUUUGCAGCACUUAUUAUGAGUAUAACUGAUAAUGCUAAUGGAAAUGUAUGAUCUUAAAAGGCAUUAGAUAUUUAGCUAUAGAAGUGUAUUAGUAGGAAAGGGAAAACUUACAAGAUUUUUACAUGAAAAUAAACCAGAAGGUUGGUUGGUAGGUACCAGGUGAACAUACCUGUGGUCACAAGAAGAGAGUGUUGGAGACACUGAUUGUUAGAGAGUUGACCGUGAGAAAGCAUCUCUCCAAUCCUAUGCCAGAUGUUAGUAGGCAGGAAGAGGCGGAGGGAGAGCUCAGUGAAGGAGAACACUGGUAUGGAAACUCUUCAGAGACUCCGUCAGAAGCAUCCUAUGGGGAAGUCCAGGAGAACUAUAAGUUGUCUCUGGAGGACCGGAUCCAGGAGCAGUCCACGUCCCCGGAUACCUCCUUGGGAAGCACGACUCCCAGUAGCCACACGUUGGAGCUGGUGGCACUGGACAGUGAGGUCCUGCGAGACUCAUUGCAGUGUCAAGAUCACCUUUCCCCGGGAGUGUCUUCUUUGUGUGACGAUGACCCAGGCUCCAACAAGCCCCUGAGCAGCAAUUUGAGGCGGCUGCUGGAGGCUGGUUCCCUCAAACUCGAUGCUGCAGCCACGGCUAAUGGCAGAAUGGAGUCCCCCGUAAACGUUGGCUCGAACCUCUCCUUUUCCCCGCCUUCCCACCACGCCCAGCAGCUCAGUGUUCUGGCCAGGAAGUUGGCCGAGAAGCAGGAACAGAAUGACCAAUACACUCCAAGUAACCGUUUUAUAUGGAAUCAAGGUAAGUGGUUGCCAAACUCAACCACCACCUGCAGCUUGUCUCCAGAUUCAGCCAUCCUAAAACUGAAAGCUGCAGCCAAUGCCGUUCUGCAGGACAAAUCUCUCACCAGGACUGAGGAGACCAUGCGAUUUGAGUCCUUUUCCUCCCCUUUUAGCUCCCAGUCUGCCAGUUCUACCUUGGCCGCUUUGUCCAAGAAGGUCAGUGAAAGAAGUUUGACUCCUGGUCAGGAGCACCCUCCACCGGCCAGCUCCUUCCUUUCCCUGGCUUCUAUGACCUCCUCAGCGGCCCUUCUGAAGGAGGUGGCCGCAAGGGCUGCGGGCAGUCUUCUGGCUGAGAAAUCAUCGCUGCUGCCUGAGGACCCUCUACCGCCCCCGCCUUCAGAAAAGAAACCAGAAAAAGUCACUCCGCCACCUCCACCGCCACCUCCACCACCUCCACCACAAUCCCUGGAAUUAUUAUUACUCCCAGUUCCUAAGGGAAGAGUUUCUAAACCCUCCAAUUCAGCCUCAGAAGAGGAAAGUGGAAAGCCUUUCCAGUGUCCAAUAUGUGGUUUGGUUAUUAAGAGGAAGAGUUACUGGAAGCGGCACAUGGUGAUUCACACAGGUUUAAAAAGUCAUCAGUGUCCGCUCUGUCCAUUCCGGUGUGCUCGCAAGGACAAUCUCAAAUCCCACAUGAAGGUUCAUCAGCACCAGGAUCGGGGAGAGACCUUUCAGUGCCAGCUGUGCCCUUUUACUUCCUCACGCCACUUCAGCCUGAAACUCCACAUGCGUUGCCAUCAGCACUUCCUGAGGACAGAAGCCAAGGUGAAGGAGGAGAUCCCAGACCCAGAUGUCAAGGGAUCUCCCCACCUCAGUGACAGUGCCUGCCUGGGGCAGCAAAGGGAAGGAGGAGGGACAGAGCUAGUGGGGACCAUGAUGACGUCUAACACUCCAGAGAGGACUAGCCAGGGAGGGGCUGGCGUCUCGCCUUUGCUGGUGAAGGAGGAACCCAAGGAAGAUAACGGCCUGCCCACCUCCUUUACUUUGAAUGCUGCCGACAGGCCCGCCAACCACACAAAGCUGAAAGACCCCUCCGAGUAUGUGGCCAACAGUGCGUCAGCAUUGUUCAGCCAGGACAUCUCUGUUAAGAUGGCGUCUGAUUUUCUCAUGAAGCUGUCAGCUGCAAAUCAGAAGGAGCCCAUGAAUCUUAAUUUUAAAGUGAAAGAGGAGCCUAAGGAAGGGGAGUCCCUAAGCACGACUUUGCCUCGGUCCAGCUAUGUGUUCAGCCCGGAAUCUGAAGUGUCAGCCCCAGGCGUCUCUGAGGACGCACUAAAGCCCCAGGAAGGGAAGGGAAGUGUGCUAAGGCGGGAUGUGUCAGUCAAAGCAGCCUCUGAACUUCUCAUGAAACUCUCAGCGGAAAGCUACAAGGAAACACAGAUGGUGAAGAUUAAAGAGGAACCCAUGGAGGUUGACAUCCAGGACUCCCAUGUCUCGAUAUCACCCAGCCGGAAUGUUGGCUACAGCACUUUAAUCGGGCGAGAGAAAACCGAACCCUUACAGAAGAUGCCAGAGGGCAGAGUACCCCCAGAGAGAAACCUCUUCAGUCAGGAUAUCUCUGUGAAAAUGGCUUCCGAGCUCCUCUUUCAACUGUCAGAAAAAGUGAGCAAAGAGCACAAUCAUACAAAAGAAAACACCAUCCGGACCACCACCAGCCCUUUCUUUUCAGAAGACACAUUUAGACAAUCACCAUUCACCUCCAAUUCAAAAGAACUGCUGCCCAGUGACUCUGUGCUGCACGGAAGAAUAUCAGCUCCAGAAACAGAAAAGAUAGUCCUAGAGGCAGGAAAUGGAUUACCAUCCUGGAAAUUCAAUGACCAGCUUUUUCCCUGUGACGUGUGUGGGAAAGUGUUUGGCCGACAGCAGACAUUGUCCCGACACCUCUCGCUGCACACAGAGGAAAGAAAAUACAAAUGCCACUUGUGCCCCUAUGCUGCUAAGUGCCGUGCAAAUCUGAACCAGCACUUGACCGUCCAUUCCGUGAAGCUGGUGAGUACAGACACCGAGGACAUUGUCAGCGCCGUCACCUCUGAAGGCAGUGACGGGAAGAAACAUCCUUAUUAUUACAGUUGUCACGUGUGUGGAUUUGAGACCGAGCUCAAUGUCCAGUUUGUCAGCCACAUGUCACUCCACGUGGACAAGGAGCAGUGGAUGUUUUCGAUCUGCUGCACUGCCUGCGACUUCGUCACCAUGGAGGAAGCAGAGAUAAAGACUCACAUUGGCACCAAGCACACAGGGGAAGACAGGAAGACCCCCAGCGAAUCAAAUAGCCCCUCUUCAUCCUCCCUCUCAGCUCUGAGUGAUUCAGCCAACAGCAAAGAUGAUUCAGAUGGCUCCCAGAAAAACAAGGGCGGGAACAAUCUGCUGGUCAUCUCUGUCAUGCCUGGGAGCCAGCCCUCACUGAACAGUGAGGAAAAGCCAGAGAAAGGGUUCGAAUGUGUUUUUUGCAACUUUGUCUGCAAGACGAAGAACAUGUUUGAGCGUCAUCUGCAGAUACACCUCAUCACCCGGAUGUUUGAGUGUGAUGUGUGCCACAAGUUCAUGAAGACCCCCGAACAGCUGCUGGAGCAUAAGAAAUGCCACACUGUCCCCACCGGUGGGCUCAAGUGCCCAUUCUGCAUUUAUUCCACCAACCGCCCCGCUGCCAUGGAGUGCCACCUCAAGACCCACUACAAGAUGGAGUACAAGUGCCGGAUCUGCCAGACGGUGAAGGCCAACCAGCUGGAGCUGGAGACGCACACCCGGGAGCACCGCCUGGGCAACCACUACAAGUGCGACCAGUGCGGCUACCUGUCCAAGACCGCCAACAAGCUCAUCGAGCACGUGCGCGUCCACACCGGGGAGCGGCCCUUCCACUGUGACCAGUGCAGCUACAGCUGCAAGCGCAAGGACAAUCUCAACCUGCACAAGAAGCUGAAGCACGCCCCACGCCAGACCUUCAGCUGCGAAGAGUGCCUGUUCAAGACCACACAUCCUUUCGUCUUCAGCCGCCACGUCAAGAAGCACCAGAGUGGGGACUGCCCCGAGGAGGACAAGAAGGGCCUGUGUCCAGCCCCCAAGGAACCGGCCGGCCCAGGGGCCCCGCUCCUGGUGGUCGGGAGCUCCCGGAAUCUCCUGUCUCCCCUGUCAGUUAUGUCUGCCUCCCAGGCUCUGCAGACCGUGGCCCUGUCGGCAGCCCACGGCAGCAGCUCAGAGCCCAACCUGGCACUCAAGGCUUUGGCCUUCAACGGCUCCCCUUUGCGCUUUGACAAGUACCGGAACUCAGAUUUUGCCCAUCUCAUUCCCUUGACAAUGUUAUACCCCAAGAACCACUUGGAUCUCACAUUCCACCCUCCCCGACCUCAGACUGCGCCUCCCAGCAUCCCCUCACCCAAACACUCCUUCCUCGCCUAUCUCGGACUGAGAGAAAGAGCGGAGACUGUCUGAGGGCAGCCGUGUUCUGUACCAAAAACAAAGAGACAAAAGACAAAAAAAAAAAAAAAAAACCCACAAAACUUAAACACAACCCCAGCAGGUGUAUGUUGCUGCAAAACCUACAGACCCCGAUGGGUCUGGAACAUGUGUACUGUAUAUCUUUAGUAAGGAAUAGAGAAUUGGCUCUGUGUGUAUACCUAUUGCAUUGACCUGAAAGCUGCUUUAUCCAGUCUUCAGAGAGGUGACCUACUGCAUACUUCUACCUUCAGAGGCAUGCCUCCCCAGCCACCCACUCCCACUCUCAGCCCUUCUCCGUACUUUUCUCUGAAAGGAAUCUUGUCUUGUUAAACCCUAAAGAGAGUGUCCUUAAUAGCAAUCAGCACUUGUAAGCUUAUAUACUGGUGCAUUUGGUUUUCUGUUGGGUGAGUGCGGUGUGUGGGUGUUUGUGGAUUCUGAAAGAGAAAGCCGUGUGUCGUGUGCCAUGACAUUUCUAUUGCACAUUCUUUGUACUGGCUUCUUUAACAGCGAUGAACGUUCUUUUCCCUCCUGGGUUGUUCAUCCAUGACAGUCUCUCCCUGUGCUCCUUCAUCACCUUUCCCUCUCUCUUUGAUGGCUACAGAGUGGUAGGGCCUGGUGCUUAGUCGAUGAAGGAAUGGUAGCCAUCUACAGUGCUGCUGGAGAUUUCUGCCAGAGUGCUGGAGACCUUGCGCUCAGAUCUUCUCUGGUGAUGAAGAGGUAAGGAAUCAAGUGACUGAUCUGGAAGAAAUAUCUCGCAGCACUGCAGCUAACAUCACAGAACUUAAGUGUGUUUUGUGUGUGUGCCCACACAUAGACAAAUGUGUACGGUGCACACACACAGUGCAUCAUUUUUUAAGGGCAGAUUAUAUAUAUAUAUAUGAUGUAUUCAGUGGUUACCAUUUGUUUGCAGGAAAAAGAAAUGUAUGAGUGAAAAAAUUUAUGGUUGAUAAAUCCAGCCAAGGAGAUUAAAAGGGGUUUGGAUAAAUUCUGGGUAUAAAUGCUCAGACUAAAAAAAAGAAAUGGCAGUUUUGCACAGUGCUAUGGUCUUGCACUAGUUUUUGUUUCUCAUCUGAAAAAAAAAAAAGUAAAAUAAAAGGAAGAAAAUGUACCUUUUUUAUGGAAUGAGUAGACUGUAUGUUUGAAGAUUUAGCCACAACCUCUUUGACAUAUAAUGACGCAACAAAAAGGUGCUGUUUAGUCCUAUGGUUCAGUUUAUGCCCCUGACAAGUUUCCAUUGUGUUUUGCUGAUCUUCUGGCUAAUCGCGGUAUCCUCCAUGUUAUUAGUAAUUCUGUAUUCCAUUUUGUUAACGCCUGGUAGAUGUAACCUGCUAGGAGGCUAACUUUAUACUUAUUUAAAAGCUCUUAUUUUGUGGUCAUUAAAAUGGCAAUUUAUGUGCAGCACUUUAUUGCAGCAGGAAGCAGGUGUGGGUUGGUUGUAAAGCCCUUUGCUAAUCUUAAAAAGUAAUGGGUGAUUUAAAAAGAAAAAAGGAAAAAAAUCUUUGGCUGAAUAUGUUCAUUGCUUGUAUUUUUAAAACAACAGAAUUUCCAGUAUGAAACAGGCUGAAAGAGCAGGAAGAAGUGUUCUUUGUAUAAUAAUGGGAAGUUUGGAAUAUAAACGUUUGUAUAUUAUUUAUCUAUUGGAGAACUGGUGUACAGGAGGAACACUUUCUUACUGUGUUGCUGUUUUCCAUCAUGUGUUAUCCUAAGAGUUGGGGUUUUUAAAAAUCUGUUUCACCAGGGGAAAAUAAAAGCAUCCCUAAUGUUCUUCCUCUAGUCAGUUUGCUUUGCUGAAAGCUCCCUGGAAAUUAGUACAGUUCUACAGGAAGCCAGAAGACUGUACUGUCUGUCCACACCAUGGUCUCCUCAGUCCCCUCCAUGCCAGCCCCUCGUCCCCACACCUAGUAGGUGUGCUACACCUCCCUUUGCCAGUCAUCCCGCCAUGGAUGGGGAGCCUACUUGGUGCCCUGGCAAACCUGUUUAAGGAGAUGCCCACAGGGAGCGGGAAGCUCCCAAACCCUCAGUCGUUCUCCAGCAGAGACCUUUGCUCUUGGCCAGGUUUGAAACAAUGUUCAACCUCGCCACGUCAAUGUCUCAGUAAAAGACACUAUAGAUAGUUAUGGACAAUACACUCCAAGAAUACUGGGCUUAUGGGUGGGUUGGUUUUUUGUUGUGUUUUGUUUUGUUUUCAAGUCAUGUCUUUAUCCCCAUAUAAUGGAGAAUGUGCCACUUGGCUAAUAAUGUGUUUUCAAAACUACAAGUUCAGUGAUGACAGGAAAGAGGGCUAAAGUAGUCCCACAGAGGCUGGUAGAAAAGGCGAAUCACACUUAAGCACCAGCGGGUUAAAAACCUGAAAGGGUGGCCCUGACAAUUCAUACUAUAGGUUUUACAGCAUGCCACUUGUGCAAUAGGAGGUCUAGGGUUGAAACUUUCAAGAACGAGAGAGGAGGUGAAGGAAGAAGACGUUUACUGCUCAAAUGCCAUGCAUUUCACUGCUUGCCACUGAACUUGUAUUUGAAUGACUUAGUAACGCUUAAUAUAAUUGGGCAACUUUUUUAGCACUUUGGAAAGAGUCAUCAGUCUUUCUGGUAAAUUAUAAAAGUUUUCUGAGUGAGAAAAGGUGUGUUUGGAGUUUGUUUGACUUUUUAUAUUAUUAUUGUUAUUAAUAAAGAAAAAAUCUACAGCAUUUUUCAGACUCCACCCUAGAAAAUAUGUACCCCUGAAUUUGGUUUGCAGUUUGAUACUCAGGGAAGGAUGUAUUCCAUAGAUAUCCUUUCCAUAUAAAACACUAACAUCUUUGAGAAAUUCACCUACCAACUAACUUCAAUUGUUGUCACUAUGCAUUCUUCAAUGAAAACUAGCUUAUUUUUCCAUAUAGUAAUGCAGUUAGGGUUCUCAGCACUUUCUUUCUUCUAUCCUUUUUUUAACUCUUCAUAUUAUGUUCAGAUGAUCAUACUGUCAAGGUUUGUGUACAUUACUGAAAAUUUGUAUUGUAUAAAGCUUUUUGCAUUACGAGGCUGUACAGGGUCAUUUUGACAGUAACUGGUAUAUUCCUUUGCAUCUUAUGUUGCAUUGCCAAUUUCUAGUGUAUCCAGUUUGAAAGUAUAAUAUACUCUAAUUAAAAAAAAAAAAAGGUUGGCUAUA